AAAUGAAGAAAACCAUGCUCAAAAAAUUGAAACUUGGAAUUUGUACAUUCGACGAUGUUCACUUUGCAGAAACUGAUGCCAAAAGGACACAUAAGUUGUACCUGGAUUUUUAUCAAUCCAUCGACAGCCAACUUCUUAACAGUGAAUGGUCUGAAUCAUGUGGUACAACAAAAAUCUUACAAAGCUGGGGAAAUAUGCUUAGACAACCAUGUGUGACUCAAAUCCUUUCAGAAAGAUUCAACAUACCAUUUCUGCACAUGGAAAUCAUUACUUCGUCAUCAUAUUUCCUCCAGCUGUUUUCUAGUAUUCUUGUGACUUAUAAAGGAUCACAUCCCUCAGAAAUUACUCUCAGAUCUAAUCUUGACAAUUUCAUUAAUAAGUCCUGGCAAAUUAUUGGGAAAAUCUUUGAGUGCUUUGGCCUUUCUGGGAACCGUGAUCUGUUACUAAGUAAUUCUAGCUUGUGGAUGGUAAUGUUUAAUUUUGUAUGUAACAGGUUUGUUACAGCCAACUUAUUAACUAGUAGACAGACAACUUUGAAGCUUGAAUGCUCUUUUCCUUUCUCAUGGCUUGUGUAUGAUCACUUGCAACAAUUAGCAAAGAUCAACAGAAACUUAGUUCCUGGUAGUACGAGAAGUAAUUUUUGCUGUGAACUCCUUGCAGUGGAGCUCAAAAACGAAAGUAAUGACACUCUCUCCUGCCUUGUGAAAGACUGUGUCAAAGUUUUUCUGUUUCAUAACUCCACCAAAUCAUCUGAGAUGAAAUGUGUGACACACAAAUUAUAUUUAGAUAGAAAACUGGGGUCACACGAAAUGGACCCUUUGUACCUCAAUGACAAUUUUCUUACUUAUAUCAUGUCAAAAUGUUCUAUGAUAAAAGAUGAUUUAGUCAAAGAUAUGUUCAUUCGUGUGGCUUCCUUGCAGCCUGGGGAAUUUGACUGUUCAGUCAUCACAGAAUGUAUUUCACCAAACAAAUUAGAUAAUUGUCAGAGAUCUAUUAUCUUAGAGAUGGUGGAAUUCAUCUGCUUCCAUUUUAUUGAGUCAAAAACCAUUUUGAACAGUACCUUGCUGAAAAUAUUACACACGGGAGGAAGUCUCUGUUGUUGCAUAAAUAAAAGUGUGACAAUAUCAGCAGAAUCUGAAUCUUUCCCAGUACUAUGCAAUGUUAUUCUGGAGUGUAGAUUACCAGCAUUUUACUUAUCGUUGAAUAAUCAGUUGGAAGGAAUCUGCAGGCUUCCUUUCUUAGCGCAUAGUUAUAUAUUGGAAGACGAAAAAGCAUCUUGUUUUCAGAGGAAGAUUUUAGCGACACUCUUUGCUAUUUUCCAGGAGGAUGCUUCUGGUGCUCGAGAUUUUAUUGCUUUCUGUGAUGAGGGACUAAAUUGUGCCACUAAUGGGGAAAUUGGGAUGAAGAAAAUCGCCAAAAAUUUGCUCAUGGCAUCUCAUGAAUUGACUGUUUUUAAUCUGAUGUCAGUUUUCAUUCUAACAGAAAAGAUUGUUGGCAAACAUAGUCUUGAGGAGCUGGUUGAUCUUGUUUCUACCACAAAAUGUGAUGAGAGCUGCUUUUUUAUUCCGAUCAUGAAAAAGAUAAUUUACAAAAGAUUAAUAGAAACUCACCCAAAGGAAUUGCUUCAACUGAUAAACUCGAAUGGUUGUUCAGAUAUUGUUCAUAAAUCCUCUGAUAUUCACACCAAACUUCUGUGUGUAAAAUCUUUGGUGAAGGAGUAUGGUUUGAUUAUUCUCAAUGAUUUGAAGGACAAUGCUGAUUGGAUUCUUGAAAAAGAUUCUAUAAUUCAACAAGCAGCAGACAAUUUUAACUUACUUGGAGACAGUUACCAAUCAACCAGACCAGCUAUUUUGGAGACUGACCCUGUUUUCAAGUUUGAUCCGGUCAAUGUGAUGCUAUCAUAUUUUCAACAUAAAACAUCAGGCGGGAUGAUAAGUGAGGAAGAAAAUACACUGUAUCAGAAAUGCAUCAAGAGCACUUUGGAAUUUGACCAGCUGGAAACAUUGCGAAACUUAGAUACCGGUGAACUCUUUGGAUGUGCAUUAGCAAGCUGGAAAAGUAACGCUGGUCCAAUAUUCCUAACUUAUUGUUGCCUUACACAACCUCAUUCCUCCAAUUCUGUUACCAGAUUUCUUGAGUAUAUCUACAAGUUUCCUGUGAGGAUAAAGAAUAUGUUCGUGCCGACAAUGAGGGAAGAUGUGAUCUCAAAAUUCAGGGAAACCCUUGGUGAAAAAUUCGCAGCUCAAGGACACCAAUUGUACACAUGGUAUAAAUGUGCAGGAGGACAUGUCUACGCUAUCAAUAACUGUGGGGAACCUCAAGAAAAAGGAAAAUGUUUCUGUGGAAGCGAAAUUGGUGGCAUAAAGCACACACUCUCGACAGGAAAUCGAAGACUGGAGAGCUAUCAGUUUUCUGAAAAGGGCUACAACCUACCACCUGUUGGAUUUCUCAGCAGUAUUGAUAGUGAAAGAAACCUUAAAUCACUGUCACUAUCAUUCUUACGAUGGCUUGUCCACGCAUCCCUAGCAGUGUCUCCUAAAAUCAGCUGCUGUGACACUAUCUUUGGACUGAACGAGAAGGAUAAUGUCACAACAUUCCUGCAACAACGCCUUGACAACGACUUCAGUGGAAUCCAAACUGUUUUGGAACGAAACUCCGAAGACGCUCAAAUUUGGAUUUUAUCGGCUGUUAAGCACAUAUUCUCUCAAGUAGACCGUAUAGAACUUGACUAUUCGGAGAGAGCUGACAGAAACAAACUAGAAGAUGUAUACCUGGAAAUGAUAACUCCCCUAGUCGAGGGAGCUGAUGAUGUCAUAACACAAGGACGGCAACUAGUCCACCACUCAGGUGAUGACUACAUCAAGCAAGCACUUGGUCUCUGCUUCCCUGAGGAUGGUCCUGGAGCGUUAGAUUGUGCUGAAUAUUUAAGGGAUUCUAAGUCAAUUGGAAUACUACUUGAGGAUGAGUUCAGGAAGUGUGGUAGUGUCUCUAAAUAUCCAAUAGUAGCCAAAUGUAUCAAGUACAAAACUUCCACGAACCUUCUGUACCAAUUUCCAGAUCUCGUUAAAAUUGUCUUUGAUACACUCCGCAGAGUUACCUGUAAAAUAACAGUGCAUGAAGCACACCAAACUUGUCUCAAAGACUUUCUCAGUCCAUCCCAAAUUCAACUGUGGAAUGAUCUUUGGCGGGAAACUAAGUCAAUGGUAUCUCUUGUGGAUAAUAUACACAUUCCGGAACAGAACUUGGACAUGAUCCUUACAGCAGACUCUACAUUGGCUGACUUUCUCCCCUCUAAAACCGGUCCUGGAGUGUGCUCUUGGUUUAUGAUAAACAACCUGGUUUUGCUUUAUAACCAGCUUGCUAAAGGUCCCACCAUUGACAUUGUUACUCUCACUAAGUUUGUGACACCGCCCUUUAUUGCUAAACAUGAAGUGGUUGCUGUAACUUACGAUACUUAUAAUGGAUCUGGAUUUGAUUUCGUACUUUUGGAGGAGUCUUUGAUCAUGCUGUUUAACGUUCGGAACCGAUGUGCUAUAGAUGGAUCAACCGUCGCUCAACUUCUAUUCCAGCCCCUCAAAAAUGUUGAUACUUGGUAUAAAAUAUUAGGACAGUUACCAAAAAGUUAUCCUACUACACAACCUGUUUCUGAAGCGUCUCCAGAUAUUCUUAGAUCGCUUGAAAUAGCCAUACAGAUAUCAUCUUCUUUGGACUACAGCACAUUGUCAAUUAAUGAAAUAUCAGAAAUCUGCCAGCUUAAGUUACAAUCAUUGGACAGGGACUUGUUGUAUUCUAGUUGGCAUCAUGUUUGGUUUGAGCUGUCUAAAAAUGGAGGCAAGUUUUAUCUACCCCAGGAGUACAUAGGGAGUAUUGAUGAUUUUCUUGCGUUGCAUCCAUGUCAAAAAUCUGGGCAUAUUCCAGACAAUAUUUUAAAAUCUCGUCUGUUUUUACGUACCCUUCACAUGAUGAUUGUAGAAUGGAUUGUCCAUUACCCGGGUUUUAACUGUCGAGGAAUGGAGUUGGGCGAAGCGUUUGACUUUUUCUGUGAAAAGGCAGGGCUCGAUAUUUUGGAGUUUGAUUCAUUUGAACUAAAAGUUGAGCACAGUAUCAAGUUGAUAGAGUCCCUUUUCAGCAGUCAGUACUGAUUAUGACAAAAGUAACGUUACUUGAACGAUUUAGAUAUAUAAUGUUUGUUUUUUAUCUUUCUGAUUGAUAAGGAAUUUGUAUCGGUAUAUAUGUACGAGGUUCUAUGAAUCCUGAUUAUAUUCUUGUUAAUUGUUGAUAAUGUUGAAUUUUCCAUUUUACAAUUCAUAACAUUGC